UAGAUCUUAGGUUUCCCUGCUUCCUUCGCUUGCUCUCGAUCUGAUGCCCUGAUCUCCACGCCACUUCUCUCCUUCCUUUCCGCUGAUUCUCUCGCUCCUCUGUCGUCCAUCCCGCGUCUGCCGGUCUGCUCGCCUGCUUGCCUUUCCCGCGACUUUUCGCUGCUUCGUCGGCUCUUGAAAGAAAGUGUACCUUGCUGCGGCUCCCCUCAACGCUCCUCAGUCCAGCGUGCUCGAGCGUUCGUAUCUCCUUGAUUUCUUCUGCCCUUCUCCUGCGUUUUUCUCCUCUUCUGUCUCGUGGCUUCGCCGGUUCCCUGUGGUGCAACAGUGACGCCUUGAUGGACGGUGGGCGCGAGGUAGAAAAAGAGCCUUCUAGUGUCCAAGACUCUCCCGCUUCCUCGUUGGCACCAUAACCCUUUCUCUUAACCUUUCUUUUCUUUUUCUCCCUUUUGAGGACUCACCUUUUGUCCUUCCUUGCCGUCCUCAGUCCCGACUCUUCUCUUCGUCAAACCUUCCUUCCUACUCUUUACCCUCGUCGUCCCCGUCGUCGUGACCUCUCGUUGUCAGUUCCUCCUUUCCUUUUUCUUACUUCCGUAUCUCGUGCUUCCAUGUCUCUUGUCUUCUUCCUCGGCCAAGAUGGAGGGGGCGCCGCGGCAGUCCUUGGGAACUCUUCUGCAGGAUCGCGGGGGGCGACGCUCUCGUCGGAGUAGCGAUAACGAAACAGUUUUGGAUUCCUCGUUUUCCCUCUUCCCACCCUCUCCUGUCACUGGACCCGCAGACAGCGCACAGGGUCGAAUGUGUCCUUCUCUCCCUGCUUCUCCACAGCUCUCUUCUUCUCAGUCUCGCCUCUCUGCUCUCCUUUUUUCUCUUCCUUCUUCUCUCCCUUCUGCACCUCGGCCAGCGUCUCUUGAGUCGCUCGCAGACCGCAGCUCGGUACCCUUGCAAAAGAAGCAAGGGGUCGAGGAGGGAGAAAGAGGAGCAGGCAGUUUAGCAUCUGCUUGCGAAGGACAAGACGAACAAAGGCGGGGGUCUCUGGAGGCCGCGAGGUCGCACAUGUCGGUCUCUUCCAUUCCAGAGCAAGGCGCAGAUUCGCCGAACGUGGAUUUUCACGAAGAGGACGCCAAAGUGUCGAGAGCUUCGGCGGCCUCUCGAGAGAGACGAACGACGGUGAAGGACUCCCCGAAAGACGACGACACCGCGUUGUCUUUCCCAGAUCCGCCCAGCUCUCCCGGUGCUCGAUUCACCGUUUCGCGGGCGUCUUCGCCUUCGUUAGCAUCUCGUCGGAGUCGGUCCCCUGACACGCAGUUGCCCUUCGCACGACGCACUCUUUCUUGCUCUUCUACCAGCGCAUCCCGUUCUCGCGCCUCCGUGGGCGACGCGCGCCUCUUCUCUUCUUCGGCUUGUUCGCGCUCUUCUCCCCCUCUCUCUCCUCCCGGCGAGACCAGCGGGACGCCUCUCUUGCGCCCAACCGCAGACCCGCCGUCGUCUGCUUUUCCUUCUUCGACUCCCUUCUCUUCUUCUUAUCCGCUGGGGCCGGCGGUGGGUCUGCGACGUACGCGAGCGAUCUCUGUCCACCCUUCGUUUCCUGGGGCGUCUCCGCCGGUCUCUGCACUGGAGCGGCCGCGAGGCGCCUCUUCGCUGCUGCCUUUCUCGCCUCCCAAUACAGCGUCAGACGUUUUGUCUCCGCCUCCAGACCUCGUGCUGUCUCCGGCGUGUGGGCCUUCGCCGCGUCUGAAGGGCGCGGAGCGCCCACCCGCGUUUUCCCUGCUGUCUCCGCCCAUGGCCGCGGAGCGCAGGUCCGGACGCCGAGGCUCUGUCCCCUUCUCGCCGCCGAGUGCAUGCACGGACGUGCUGUCUCCGCCUCCGGACCUUCUGUCUCCGUACAGUCCGCUCCCGCCUCUGUUGAAAGAGAGCGAGAAGCCGCCUGGAGGCCGCCUAGGAGGCCAAGGCGACAGGUCUGGGAGCUCGAGAGGCGUCUCCGAUGCGCCGCAGCUCUUCACGUCAGGUCCGACGCGACAGGAGAAGCCAGCGGCGUCGUCCUUCUUCUUCCCGCCGCCUCCUUCGCCAUUCGGCGGAAACGCCUCUGUCCUGCGGCUGGGCGCCUGGCUAGCUGAGCGCCCAGGCCUCGACGACGACCGCUUCACUCCCCUUCUCGAGAGUUUUCUGCUGCACUUUGACUUCCUCGCAGCGGGAAAAGUUUCCAGGCGAAUCCAGCAGGACCAGCAGAUCCAGAGAGAUCUCCGACUGGGCGAAGACGAAGAAGGCGAAGUCUCGUUCUUCCGUCCAGUCGGGAGACACACCGACGAGAAAAGCGAACAAACGCGUACGGGCAAGCGAGAAGAGGACCGGGAAAGGAAGGGGCAGACCGACCAACUCGAGGAAUUCGAAACCACCCUUCUGGACAUUCUCAGCCUACGAGGCGGAAACGGAGUCGACACUUCCGUCGACAUCCUCGUCGGACAACUCCGAGAAAAACCUCACCGUCACAAAGCCGCCGGAGAGGAGGGAGGCGGCGAGCCUGCAGGAGGCACGACAGGGGGAAUACGAAUCGGCGAAAAGUUUUUCUUCGCCGACAAAGUUGCCCUCAAGUCUCGUCUCCGCCAAAUCUUGCAAGCAUGUGACGACGAAGAAGAACUGCGUGGAGACGACUUCGAGCUGGUGAAGGGCGUCCUCGAAUUCCACCCAAAGGCGAAGCGAAAAAUGCAAAACCUCUCUGGGCUCUUCGUCUCCACCCACCCGAAUCCGAAGUUUCGCGCCACACGGUGCUUCUUCAUUCGGCGGACAAUCCACGCUUCGCCCUCCUCGUCUUCCUCCUCGUCUUCCUCCUCGUCUUCCGCGUCUCCCCCCCCAGGGACUGUCACCCCAGAGGGCGUAGCGACCGCAGACGAGAACGCGGGAGAGCGAGCAGCCGCGGCGCUGGCUGGAUCCGAUCAGAAGCCAGGCGAGAAGAGGGAAGAACAAGAGGAACGGGAAGAAGGGCAGACCAAGGCAGAGGAACAGACAGACGUCCAAGAGGAAUGCGAGGAUUUCAGCUACGUGCGAUGCGUGGAUAAUAUGCUGGAAGAUGAUUCGCAGGCUGAUCGCCUUAUCUGCCAUAUUCUGAAGCAGCUCGCGGAGGCGUUUCCAGGAUGCGUCGCCCAUUUGCACGAAGCGCUGCGUCGCAACUUUCCGCCGUUGCGUUUCUCAGUCGACGCCCUUGUCGCCUACACAAAGAAUCUUCUAUGGAUUUCCCAGCAUGUUCCACAGAUUCGAGCGUUGCUGUGGAAGCUGCUGGUGAGCAAAAUGACGAGCAUCGAUGUCGAAAUUAAACUGGCAGACCCGAACUCGAUCGACCUCGAACAAAUGCAAGUCUGGAAGCGCGAACAGUUGGCGCUUCUUGCACGUCAACUGGAGAAGGGCGCAGUUGCGCCAAGCGUCGUUCAGAGCAUUUUGGGUGAGCCGCAGUGGUUCUGUUUGAUGUACGAGAAGGUCCGAAGUGAAGAGGACAUCGACAUCAUGGCGGCGAAGCUGGACGGCCUCAUGCGCGUCUCCUUCUCCUUUCUGCAGUGCUUCAUUCCACAGCUUUCAGGGAAGCCUGCGCCUCCGGGCGCUUAUCGAGAGGAGGAAGACGAGCGGGAGAGUGUGGGGUCGCCUUCUUCGCGCUCCUCCGUGGCGGACUACUCGCCCUGUGUCGAUGACGAGCCGAAGGAGGAGAAGAAGCGAACAGGCACGAGCGAGAAGGACCCCCGGGGCGACUCCGAGCGGCGCAGCUGCAGCGAGGAACGCAGAGACAGUCCCUCGCCCUUCUCCCCACAAAGCAUUCUGUCUCCCCAGCCGGCAGUGACGUCUCCUCAGCUCGCGUCAACGUCGCCUCGAGGUGGACCGUCGGCUUUCCCAGCGAGCAGACACACGACGCUCGCGCCGAGAGAUCCGCGGAGGCUCCUGUCUCCGGCGCUGUCUCCGGCGCCGGCAUGGCCCCCGGACGCGGCCCGAGGCCCACCAGGGCUCCGCGACCGUAGUCGCGAGACUCGCAGGGACAAGAAACCGCUGACUGAAGCAGACGUCCUCGUCUACGAGUUGAUGGAUGUCUUCGUCGAAGUCGUGCUCCCUGUCCACAAGUGCAAAUACGUCCAGUUCCUCGUAUUCUACCUCGCCAACCUGCGAGUCGAGUGGGCCGGUCGCCUCAUGUCGCUUCUCUUCCGCAUGCUCUUCGACCGACAACAACACAUGCUGCUGAGACGCAUUUCGGCGGUGUACAUUUCCUCCUUCCUCUGUCGAGCGCUCCUCGUUCCGCCGCGCUUCGUCCGUCUCGCUCUCCACCACUUUCUCCAGCUCCUUCAUCGGGGCUUCCUCAUGACUGGAACGCCGAACGCACCCAGACAACAACAAAGACUUCUUGGCCUUCUAAGAGCCCAACACCAAACCGUCUACAACCCUGAGUCGCCUUUGGCGCUGUUUUACACGGUUUGCCAGAGCUGCUGCUACAUCCUGUGUUACCAUCUGGAUGCUCUGGCGAAGUCGGCGCCCUCUCUGGCGUUUCUGAAGGAGAGGAAUACGUCGGUGGCUGCUCUGCUGACCUCCCCGCUGCGGCCCCUGAUGCACAUCAAGCGCGGUAUUGCACGCGAGUUCGUGGCUGCAUGCAGACGCGUGGGAAGUCUAGAUUCGAGCAGCGACUUCGAAAACGCUUUGAAGGAAGUUCAGCUACGAGACCCGCCGCCGUCGUCGUGCUACCGGUCCAGCGCUGGAGAGAACGAGGAGGAAGAGGAGGGACGCGAAGAGAGAGAAGCUGAGAGAGGAGAAGACGAAAAAGAGAGGGGGAAGCGCAUCUCCCAGGUUGACGCGGUGUCCUCAAACGACCUUCUAAGCGACGUUCUGUGGCUCUUCGACCCUCUGGACGCCUUCUUCCCCUUCGACCGCUACCUGCUUCGCCACUCCGGGAGAUUCAUCGCCAACAAAUAUCGGGACUGGAGCGCCGUCGUCGCCUUCGUCAUGCAGCGCGAGGAAGAGAAGAAGAAGGGCACCGACGGCCCGGACAGCAGAGACCCCGACGGCGAGACCGACAAAGGCGCAGAGCCAGACAGAGAGAAACAAAGAGGCCUGAGUGCGGCGAAGUCGCCUGCCGACCAGGAGGAAAGACAGGACGCACGCAGUGUGAGCAGUCCGUCUCUGGAGCCUACAGCGGCCGCCCAGAACUUGGGAGAAAAACUGAGGAGGGCUGAGGAAGCGCAGUUAAGGAACGAAGAGGCACCCUCGCGUCGCUCUCAAGGGGAGGAAAACGGACAAGAGGAUCUUGACGACGCAGGCGUCCUGUUCCUGACCGUUGACGAGGAAGGCACAGACUCGGACGCGGAAAAAGAGGAGGCAAACCAAGGAGAGAAAGCAACAGGUCCUGCAGUCCCCGCAGGAGCAGAGGACAAGAAAACGCAGGGCGCCGGAGCCUCAUGCGCGGCAGGUGGAGAUGAAGACGCGGCGAGCGGCACGAAGGAGAAAGGCGAGCUGGACGAUGAAAACCCAACUCCCUCGUUGACUGCGGAGAAGUCCGCAAACCACACUCCUCCGAUUGUGACACAACAGCCCCAGCACAAUUUGAGCCGCGAGCUUGCCACCUCGGAGAUGGGUGCCCUCCAGCAGCUCGUUCAGGAUUCUCUCGGCUUCGCGAGCGUCAGCAGAGAACUGGAAGCGAAAGUUCGACAGCGCGCAGGCUCGUCGAGUGGCGCAGCGAAGCUCCGAGAAGAACGCAGAGCGACACUGGCAGGUGUGCGCGAAAAGAAGAGACAGGGCUUUGACGAAGAAGCAGAGACAGGCAGGACAGACGAAGGCGACGGCGUCUUCGCCUCUGGGUCACCAGAGCUUGGGGAAGCGGCUGUGGCAACGGGCGAAGAAGGGGGCUGCGGUGAAGGCCGCGAGCGAGAACGGGGAGACGCAGAGGAAGAAGGCGAAGAGGAAGAAGGAGACGACGAAAGAUGCAUCGGAAACGAGAGCGAUGACGAAGGCUGGGGAGACGGCAAGUGGGACAGUCUCUCGGCGCUUUUUUCAGACGAAGAACGCGAAUUGGAGGAGAGAGACUUCCAAGAAGACAGAGAAGAAGAGAGUGACGGUCGCACUGAGCGAGCCUUGCCGGUGCCGUCUUCCGAGCGAGAAGACCCAGAAACCAUGACCGCGGACGAAGCGGGCGACCAAGAGACGCAGGCAAGGAGACACCUUCAUGCGCAGUCGUCCUGCGACUCCUCGUCAACAUGUCCCGGACAAAUCCCAAAAAACGUCGGCCCUUCCCUGCGGCGUUCCAGAGUCCGAGAGGCCAAACGCGAGUUCUCCUUUCUGGCGCCGCGGGUCGCUGCCAGCAUAGCUGACCAGCUCGAGCUGGAGGUGGAUGCAGUCGGGGAUGAAGCUCUCUCCCAAUCGAAUCUUUGUCUUCUUCGUCACCAGUCGUGUCUAAGUCGGGCGUCGAUGCUCGACAUUUUCUUGUCUUCUCAAGCGUAUCGGCCCGCGCCUGCUUCGCCGGUUGUCUCGGCAGCGGCGUCUCCGUUCUUGAUGCCGAGUCAGUCUCCGCCUCUGACGGACCUGGCCAAGCCGCAGGAGAGACAGCGCGACCCUCUCGCGUCCCCACCGACGCUCGCAAUUGUGGGCGAGCCUACCGAGCCAGUGCCAGUUAACUUUGUUCUCACACCUGCGGCUUCCUUCGUGUCGCCGUCUGUCGCGUUUUCGAGUGCGGGAUUCAAGGGCACAGAAGUGGAGAGCGAAGCGAACAGGGUCGUUGACGGCUGCGAAGAGAGAUGGAAGCGGCAGCUGAGUUCUGCUCGGUCGGAGGAGCGAGGGACAGGCGGCGCAGACGCCUCCCUGCUCAUCGUCUCGACCUCGAUGCCAUCGCUGUCCCUCGGAGUCAUCCAGGAACACGACGGCGAGGCGGGGGCGGACGACGCGAACGAGAAGAUCGAGGAGAGCGAGAAGGGUGAGACAGAGGAAGCUCAGUGCUUUCGCGACAGAGAGAAAUCGGGGAAAAGGAAUGGGAGGCGAAGAAGCGCAGAUGCAGUCGACGAGAGCGUGGAUGGCGAAGAAGCGAGAGAAGCAACUCGCCAGGAAACAGAAGUCACUAAAACUCGCUUGAAACGAAGACACACUGUCGACGCUUUCGCAGGGUUUCCUUCUCGGCCACCCUCCGGGAUUCGUGGCAUGCCAAGCGGGGAGAAACCGGAGAAGAAAGCGCUUGCUGAGGUCGCGGCUUCAGGGACUUGCCCUUCGAGAAGCCCGGAGGGCGGUCCAGAAGCCUCAGGCGAGGCGAGUGAGCGAGAAGCAAGCCGCGACGCAGAAGAGGAAGAAGCAUGUCUGGUGCGGGACAGAGGCGAAGCAGAGGCCGAAAGGGAGACGGAAGCCGGUGGAUACGCAGGAACGCAUCAGAGCGACGAGACGGAAGUGGACCAAACAGCUGCGGUGACAGGAGAGAAACGUGGAAAGAACGAAGGAGAGAAGAGACGAAAGAAAAAGGGAGAGAAAGACAAAGCAGAGAAGGGGUUGGAGAAGCGCGCCAGGGACGCAGAGCACCACGAACAAGAAGCACCGGAAGAAGCGGAGCACCCACAUCCAGCGGCAGACAAGAGCGAUGCCGGCAAAGCGACAACAGGUCACAAGCAGAAAAUGGCUCCUUCUUCUUCGGCAGGGCAAAGGGAAGUUGAGGAGAGACUGCCGUCCAUCUGUGUCCUUCCGUGUCUCCGCGAAACUGGCGGAAGCUCGUCUCCGGGUUCUUCUUCGGUUUCCUCGUCGUCUGGGACUUCCUCACAGUCUCCCCUGUCGUUCUCCCCCUCCGCUCUUUCUCCGUCUUUGCUCAGCGCUUCUUCGUACCUCCAGCCUCCCCGCCCUUCGGCCUCCCCGACGGCAUAUCGCUCAGAGUGUGGAGUCCAAGGAACGCAACUGGGUGGCGACUCGCCGUUCUCUUUGGGGUCAGAAGACCGGAAAGUCUCCCAGCUUGACCGUGUGCUGCAUUCCCUGCGAGAGAGAGAAGAACAGCUGAAGGCACAGCAAGCGGAAGUCCAGCGCACGCAGGAGGCGCUGAUGAAGAUGCUUCUCCACGAGAAACAGAAACGCGAGGAACGCAGAAAGAAGAAGGAGAGACGCAGACAGGAAGCAGCCAAGACGCAGGGGGACAGCGAUGUGGAGACGGACUUGCGGCGCCAGUCUGAAGAGCCGAGCGUCUCCGAGAGUGGCCUGAAAAAGGUGGAGCCUGCGGCGGAGGAAGAAGAGGAAAGAGAGGGCGAAUCGCCUGCUUCAGGCGGCGCGUCAAAGAAGACGGUUUGUCGCGGUGCAGGACAGAAACAGACAGGUGAGGCGCCAAGCGACAACGACGGUCAUGUUCUCUCCACCGCGUCGGUGGAUCAGCCGGGUACUGCAGAACGAGGAAAGAAGAAGACGUCGAAGAAGAAAGAGAGGGAGCACUUGGAAGAAGAAGCGAUAAAAGGAAGCGUAAGCGGAGGCAAUUUGGCUGAGAUAGGGGCGGGAGAACCAGUGGAACCGAAGCUCAGGAAAAAGCGAGCAGAAGGCGAACAGAGACGAUCAGGGGAUGAGCAGGUAGACGCGGCCGAAGAAGAUUUGAAGAAAUAUCGGAAAAAGAAGGAGAAAGAGGGAAAAGCUUCGUCCAAGAAUGUGGAGGCUAUCGCUGAGAGGGCAGAAUCUGGAAGCGAGAGAGGCGUGUCACCAGAGAGCAGACCGGUUCUGUUGGAACAGGAAGAGUGGAGAACCGGGGAAAAGAAGCAGAAGGGGCGGAAAUUGGCGAGCGAAGCAAAAGGCCAUUCGUCCGCAGGAACACUGGAGCUGCGCGAUGCUCUCCGAGGCCUUGAGUCGGCGAAUGAAGAAGGAACAGAACGGAAGAAGAAAAGGAAAAGGAAACCAAAAUGCCUCCGGGAGGAUGCGGUUGCUGGAGAACAGGCAACGGAGACAGCUCCGGGAUCCCCCCCUGAAGAUCGACCCGACGUUACAGACGAGACAGCCCCUGUCGUCGAAACAUCACAUGGCGUGCCGACGUCAGAGAAUGCGACGGAGAAGAAGAAGAGAAAGAAGAAAGGAAAGGUCGAGGAGGUGGCAGGCGAUCCUGCCGGCGAAGACUCCGCGUCUGCCGUUUGUAGAACAGAGGAACUUGCCUUGGCCAGUGAAGAAGUGUAUUUCAGAGGAACGGGACAGACUGUAGAUUCAGCAACAGGAAUUGGAGAGGAGAGUGUGGAACGGAAGAAGAAGAAAUCCAAGGGCAAGAAGCAGGAAGAAGCAGGAAAUGCGCCACGCGUCGCUGGUGAGGCGCGUUCGCGAGAGGAAGAGGUUCUCGAUGCUGGCGGUGAACAAGAAACCGCAGGAGAGACGGAGUCAGGCUGCACAGGCGUCGAGGAAGGAAAGAAGAAACGGAAGAAGAAAAAGAAACGAGAAGUACGAGAAGAGGAAGAACCGGAAGGGGAAGACGGAGAGAAGAAAGCGAAGACCAAGAGAAAACGAACACACGCGGAGAAAGCUGUUGCCGGACAGAACAACGGCCAGUCUGGUGAAGCGGAGGAAGGAGAAGGAGCCUCGACCGAGACGGGAGGAGAGCAAAAGGGGGGUGGGAAAGAAGGACGAAAAAUUCAAGCGAGACGAUUCGCCGAAAUCUGUGGUGAAGGGAGCACAACUGCUGCCUACACGAACCAAGAGGCGGCGCGAGGAAAGGUGACACUAGAUGAAGAAAGAAGAGGAACCGAACACGACCGCAGGCAAGCGGAGUCCAAUUCAGAGCUUCUGCACGGUGAGGGCGAAAGCGGCAAGAAGAAGAAGAAGAAGAAAGUUCGCCUAGCGUUGAUGGAGGCAGGCGAGGAAGCAAAGGCGCAAGAACUGGCGGCCGAAGAAGUGGACGCCACGCCGAUGGCUUAUGAAACAUCGCCGGUUUUAGAGGAAGAAACAAUUAUGAAUGAGAAACAGAAAAAGAAGAAUAAAAAGAAGAGGAAGAGAGAGGAAACAGGGGCAGUUCAAGAAGGGACACCAGCUACGGUCGCGGACCAGGAUACGUCUGCCGCGUCCAAUAGCCCUGCAGAGGGAACAGAAAGAGAUAAGGAGAAGGUGAAGCAGCUAAAGAAGAAACGAAAGCACGAAGAACGUGUAUGAUGAGUUUUAUGCCCCUCCCGUUACCACGAGUUGUGUUCCACCACCGAAGCAAAGAAGGAAGAGUUUGUAGGAAGAGAAGAACGAGUGAUCAAGCAUCGCGUGCGGGCAGAGCUAGAAAUGGCGCAAUGUUACUCAGGGUAUAAAAUAAUAAACACGGAAUGAGGGAGGAGAAAGAAGAGACAGAGGUAGAGGAAGACGAGAGAAUAUCCCUGUCUCCUACGAAGACGAAGGAAGCUAAGUUUGCCAAGCAGAGGAAGAAGAAACAUUGAGAAAAAAUUGGACAGGUCUGAGCCUGGCGUCGAAAAGCAGGUAGAAGCGUCUUUUCCGCCUGGCGAAUCGGCGUCCAGCGGGUUCGGAGAAAGGUGAUCAUUUCUAACCGUUACGCAGAUAGUCCAAGCAAUUUAGGCAGUGAAUCAGGGGAUCGAGGAAUGAGAAGGAGCAGUUUUUGAUCGGGGAGGAUACUCCAUUGUUCAGGUUGCGUACAAGCAAAAGGUGCUGCCUUCGUGUUUCUCUUGUCACCUCGAAGCGGAGCAAGCUUGAUUGCGUUUGGUAGGGUUUUCUCAAACGUGCUGGAUGCCUAAGCAAAAACAGUGAAGGAAAAAAGAGAGGAACUGAUAGACUCUUCCGCUUCAGCCCAAGGAAUGCGUCAGAUGAGC